UUCACUUCUGCUUGCAAUUUACUGCUUGCAACAUCAUAAGUUAAAAUUUUUCACAUUUCAACAUGGAAGCGAUACUUUUACGUUUUCUUUUUGCCUGUUUAAUCUUAUCACUGGCUGUUUCUGAACCAGUUUGUUCUAAAUUUGCUUACGAAGAACAGCUGUUGGAGAAAAUGGUUAGAGUGGAAUUUAAUGUAGGACAGAUGGAAAAGGAAAUAAAGAGCACCAACAACCUCGUUCUGGAAUCGUUACAGCAGCUGAAAGAAACCCGGGAGAAAAUGACCGAGGUAUUCGAAGCGUUGAAACUUGAAGCCAAGAAAGUGUUACAUGAGAAUAAAGUGAAGGUAUCGAAGGAAAUCGAUGAUCUAAGAGCAGAAAGGGCAAAAGCCUGGAAAGAAUAUGAUGAAAAUAUGAAACAGUUAGGAGGAGCGGUUUCGAUACCAAAUGUUGCGUUUAAAGCCAGAAUUCCUUCCUCACGUGACCCAGUAGAGAACGAGGUGAUUGUGUUCACCAAGAACAUUGUAAACAUUGGAAACGCCUAUGACAACGCUACAGGGAUAUUUACAGCUCCGAUAGAUGGAACAUAUCUUUUCACAAGCCAGCUUUGUCUUAUAUCAGGAAAAUCUAUCACAUUUGGUAUAUAUAUUGAAGACGUGUUAUAUACUGUGGGUAGAUUCUACGAAAAGAACUUUUACCAUUGUUUUCAUGUGGACACCACGGCUGUCAUGAAAGCCAAUCGGACGGCGUCAGUAAAAAGCUGGGCAGCCACCACAGGAAACAUACUGCAUGGAGACGAAAACCAUGGAUGGAACGUAUUUUCUGGGACAUUGGUUCAUAACUAAAUUUACAUUAUUGAAUAUAGAGAUGAAAAUGUGAGUCGUCCCGCUAAAAUGUAAAAGGAAUUUACUGUCUGGCUGAACAUUUUCGAAAAUAACUUUUUAAAACUAUUUUCAAUGUAUGUUUUCCCUGCUUAAGACACUUUAUGCAUAAUUCAACCAUGUACAUAUAAUUAAUACUUGAGUAAGACUGUAUAACGAUCAGGAGAGAAUAUAUAGAAGCUUGCAGGAUAAUCCUAAUGACAUCCAGCCAUCAUGUUAUGCAGCCAGAUUAAUCUGGGUCAUAUUCCUAUGACAGCUCCAAACAUUUUACAUACGCUCUAAGUCAAUGGAGUGAAAGAGAGU